UUGCAUAUAUAGAGUUUUGCGAGGUCUCCACAAAAAUACACUCGCUUCGGUUGUUCUGAUCAUACACAUCCCAAACCCUCACCCUCUCUCUCUGACCCUCUGCGACCUCUCUCUCUGACCCUCUGCGACCUCUCUCUCUUAUUCGCCAGCCCUGCAAUUCCUCAAACCCUAGAAAUCUCUCUCUGUCUGUCUCCGUGUAAUUUACGUCAUCUGCGAGUGUUCGAUUGCAGAAGCUAUUUUCGUUUCCUCUUUCUCUAUCCUCAUCUCGAAGCAUAAUUAGCUGCGCUCUCUCUUCUCUGACAUUUGCCUGGAAAUCUUCUGUAAUUCGAAUCGUUUUGGAUGCCGAUGGCCCACGGAAAAGUCAGUCUUCCUCAAGAUCUCCUCCCCGCGAACAUGGCCGAUGCACACUUCUCCACCAACGAUGAAGCCUUGGAAGGAAAUGGUGAGGAGAAGGCGCUAACAGGGUCCCUUGAUGAGUCAAUUGGUGAUCAAGUAGCAUCCGAGAGCAGCAUACCUUUGUCUCCACAAUGGCUAUACGCUAAACCAGUUGAUUCCAAGACACUGGUUACUGGAACAUCAGGAGAAAUGCAUGCACCUGGUUCUUUGCCUCAUGGAAACUCUUCUGAUCCCAAUUCGAGAGACACUUGGCAUUUAGAUGGAUCUCAGGACAAAAAAGAUUGGAGGAGGAAUGCACCUGAUUUAGAUAUUCCCCGCCGUUGGCGUGAGGAGGAGAGGGAAACAGGCUUACUUGGUAGGAGGGAUCGCAAGAAAGAGGAUCGCCGUGUAGGUGUCACUUCAACUAGGGAUACUACUGAUGGUAGAGCAGAAGAUCGCCAUGUAGGUGCCACUUCAACUAAGGAUGUUACUGAGAAUAAAGUACUGUCUUCUGACCGCUGGCAUGAAUCCCGAAGAGAUAACAAAUGGUCAUCAAGGUGGGGCCCUGAAGAUAAAGACAAGGACUCUCGAAUAGAGAAAAAAACAGAUGUUGAGAAGGAAGAUAUUCAUGUUGACAAGCAGUCUCUUUCCAAUAGCAAUCGUGCAGCUUCUGAACGUGAUAGUGAUUCUCGGGAUAAGUGGAGGCCACGCCAUCGCAUGGAGGUUCAAUCAGGUGGGGCAGCCCCAUAUCGUGCCGCACCGGGAUUUGGGAUGGCUAGAGGACAGGUGGAAAAAGUAGGAUUUACUGCUGGACGAGGGAGGUUAAACACUAACGGAACUCUGCAGAUUGGCAGACCUGUAUUAGGAAAAGCUAGUCCCUUUCUCAAUAUGUAUUGCUACCCCAGGGGGAAACUCCUUGACAUUUAUCGUAAGCAAAAGAUUGAUUUAACUUUUGAUUCCAUGCCUGAUGGGAUGGAGCAGGUAUCACCAAUAACCCAAGUAGGCUCUACUGAGCCAUUGGCUUUUGUUGCACCUGAUGCAGAUGAAGAGGCUUGCCUGAGAGAUAUAUUGAAGGGAAGCAUUACUAGCAGUGGAGUGUUAUACAACUCCCCUAAAGACAAGAAUGUAUUAAAAGAUGAUUCUAAAGGAACUAGUAAUGUCACUUUAAGCAAAGAGGAAGGAAACUUUGCAGCUAACAGUGAACAAAAUGUCCAAUCUACUGGAGAGGUCAUUUUAAACAAUUCUUUUCAAGUUACUGGUCCUGAGGUGUCACCUAUUUGUGGCUCACAGGCGCAUAUUUUAAAGGAAAGUGUUGCUACUGAAGGUGAGCAGAAAGUUCUGACAGUCAAAGCACCGGCUGAUGGAGGGAUUGAUGGCCCCAGCAAUGACGUUACUGAACUGAGAAAUUCUGGAUACCAGGAGCAAACCUCAAGCAGUGAUCGUCACUAUGUCAAGAGCAACGAGGCGCAUGUGUCAGACAGAAUUGUCUCACCCGAGGAUUUAAGUUUGUGCUAUCUUGAUCCCCAAGGGAACACCCAGGGACCUUUCUUGGGGAUUGACAUAAUCGCAUGGUUUGAGCAAGGGUUUUUUGGAAUUGACUUACCAGUCCGCUUGUUUGAUGCCCCUGAUGGAUCUCCUUAUCAAGAACUUGGUGAUGUGAUGCCACAUCUGAAAACUAAAUCUGGAUAUGUCUCUAACUCUAGUUUGCAUGCUAAGCUAGAGCCGUUGGAUGUCAUUAAAGGCAGCUUGGAAGAGAGAAUAUCUGCACCUAACUCUGGGGGGUCUAAUAUUCUAAAUAGUCAGCAGUGGACUCCAUCUGUAUUGGAGGCUACCCCAAGUGAUAGUGUUCAAUCAAGAAUCCCUAAUCAUAGUUAUCAGUCUGAACUCCAGUACCUUGACAAUCAAAGCAUUCAAAAUUUUGUUGCAGAAGAUGAAGAAAUUGUAUUUCCUGGAAGGCCUAAAAGUAGCAGUGAUUGCCUUUUGAGGUCUUCAGUGGACGUUCAUGGCUCAAUUUCAAAUUCUCCUAGCCUUCCUUCCCUUUCAAAUGAAGUUUCAGAAACUAACCUGCCUAGUCAGCCGAAUGAUAAGUUGCAUCCUUUUGGCCUGUUGAUGUCAGAGCUUAGAGGUAGUUCCCAUUUAAGGUCUGCUCAAUCAUCCCAUGCGUCUUUAGGCAUGGAUGAUCAGGUUCAGUUGAGAGAUUCUUUCUUUGAAGGAGGUGCCACUAUUGCUAGUCAGAAUCCCCUUGGUCCCAUGAUUGAUCAACCUUCCUUUGUGGAUACACAGUCUGAUAAUUAUAUAAGAAAUAACGCUAAUGUUAGUCUGGGUUCUAUAGAUGCUCACCAUCUUUCUCGAUUGGGGAAAGAAAUCAGUGGCUUCGGCCUUGCUGAGCAUAUAAUGCCACAGAAGUUACAAAAAGAACGGCUUCAGCAGCUGAGCCAUCCAUCUCUGCUUCCUGCUGCGCAUGGUGCAGGGACUGGUGUAGACCAAUUCCCUGGAUUUGGUUUUUCUGACAGCAAUAACCCUAAUAUCCAGCCGUUCCAUCAUCCUGUUGCAGAUAUGGAGCAUCUCUUUGAACUACAGCGUCAACAGCAGCGUCAGUUGGAGCUUCGCCAACAGCAUCACCAAUUGGAGCUUCAGCAACAUCAGCAUCAGUUGGAGCUUCAGCAACGUCAGCGUCAGUUGGAGCUCCAGCAACACCAGCGUCAGUUGGAGUUUCAGCAACACCAGCGUCAGCUGGAACUUCAGCAACGCCAGCGUCAGUUGGAGCUUCAGCAACAGCAUCACUUGAAACAGCAGCUUCAACAUCACCAGAUGAAACUGCAGCAGCAACAGCAAUCUCAAACUCAACACUUGCUCCUUGAACAAUUUUUGCAUCAACAGAUGUCUGAUUCUGGUUAUGGGCAAUGGAAGAUUGAUGCCACAAAUGGGAACCCUUUAGAUCAAUUAAGUUUAAGGAAGCAAUUUCGAAAUGACUUGCACCCUUCCCAUUCCUCCAUACAGGAUCCAUUGCUAGAGCAGAUCAUCCAAGCAAAUAUAGGACGCCCUGGACAGACUGAUUUUCUUGACCUCAUAUCUCAGGCCAAGCAAGGGAAUAUGCACCCUUCAGAGCUGCAACUUCGUUUUCAGCAGCAAGAGUUGCAGGCACAGCAGUUAUCUGUGGCAUUGAGGGAGCAGCUGCAGAUGGAAGGGGAAAGACGUUUAGGUGGUCCUCGGUUUGCAGAUGAAGCAAGUCAUGUUGCCAGGGAUCCUGCUGGCCAUCACCAGGCUCAGAUGGUUGCAUUUAGUUCUUCAGAAAAUUACCAGCAACAGCAGAGGUUUCCCACCCAUGAACAGCAACUAAGCCAUCUCAACUGGAAUCAUGACUCACGGGAGCGACAUGGGAUGAACUUUGAUAUUCAGAAUGCAUAUUGUCAGGGUCUAGAUUUGCAGGAUCAGUAUCUGCGUAAGUGCUCUAUUGAUAAACAGGACUCCAUUUCUUCUGGGAUGCCCUCUAACCGUCAACUGGUUUCUGAUGAGUUUUUUUCUUCUCAUUCAGUUGGUUUGGAACGCUUACCCUGUGGGAACAGUGGGCAGCUGGAAAAUAGCUGCAUUGAAGCACAUCGACCGCAUUUGCAUCUUGAUACUGAACAAAAACGACGAGAUUCAGAAGCUACCAUGGCUUUUGCUGAGUCAAAUAUGUGGGCUAAUGGUGAUAAGGAACACUCAAAACAAAUUUUGAUGGACCUUCACCAAAAACUGGGUCAUCAAUCUACCGAGUUAUCAGAAGUUGAUUAUCAGCAUCAGUUAUCAUCUUCCAGAAGUCGGGGAGGGUCUGUACAUCUUCCAUUUAGUCUUCUCCGGGAUCAACCAGUUGGUAUGAACACAGAAGGACCACAGAAUUCCAACUAUAAUGUUUUGUUCCAGGACCAUUUGGGUGGUGUAGGUAUGAAUGAACAGUCAAGCAAUCUGGCAACUAGUGAAAGAGUUCCGUUUAGAUCUAAUUCCAGAGCAUUUAUGGAGGAUCAGCUGUUCGUGUCUGGACCUAGGGACGUUUCUCAUACUUCUCAUGUGGAUACUAGCUUCAUGUGUAAAUCAGCUGUGAGUGAUGGUGUGUCAGAGUUGGAGGGUAAUAAUUGGAAGAAACAAGGGGUGAAAGGCAUGUUGAGCAGGUCAGUUUCAGGGUACGAAGGAAACGUGACAGACCAAGAAGAAACUGCAAUUGAUUGCGGGGAACUUCGUAGUAAUGCCCAUAGCAGGCAAAGCUCACUAAGCAGUGCUGGUGGUGGAUGUGGGAACUUCUACAGCUCAGAGACAGGAUUAGAUAAACAGAUUGGAGAAGAGGUUUCUAAUGGGAGGCUGCCUCCUGCUAUAACCAAAGGGUCUGACAAUGCUUUGCAUAGACGCCGAGUUUUAUCUUCCCAGGAUGUCUUGUCUGAGGCAGCAUUAUCUCUGCCUGUCAAGCAAAGAAAUCCGCCCGCAACCCUUGUCUCUGAUACUCAAGCAUCUAGCAAGAACGAUGCGCAAUUUAGGAGGACUUCAUCUUGCAGUGAUGCUUCUGUGUCCGAGACAUCAUUCAUAGACAUGCUCAAGAAACCAGUCAUUGCAGAGGCUGAUGCAGCCAACAGAGCAGCAUCUGCAUUGGAGUCGUCUGAUGGAGGUAGCCAAGUGGGGCGAAGUGGCAAGAAGAAAGGGAAGAAAGGAAGGCAGAUUGAUCCUGCUCUCCUUGGUUUUAAGGUUUCCAGCAACCGGAUACUGAUGGGCGAGAUCCAUCGACUCGCUGAUUGAGACAUGCUUUGCAUCCUGUAAGAUUUCUCUUUUUUUGGUGUAGAAGUUGUACAGCAAAUUUAAGAAACAUAGAUAUCUUGGGGAUUUUUCCCCUUUUAAGUUGUCCAUUCUUCUUGUUUCGAAGUUAGAGCAUUGACGUAGUUUUGAAGCCUUACAGUGGUUGACCGGAAUAUAGUGUACAUGAGGAAGAGAGGUCAUUGACAAAUGUCAAUUUUUGUACCAGUGUAUCAAUGAAAAAAAAUUUUGUUUACAACAAA